AUGUCCUCUAGUAUCUCAUCUCCGCUGCUUCUGGAGGCGGAGGUCGCGCCAGCACCUCACGGCACUAUCCGCUUUGAGGAUCUCGGUGAGCCCGUUCAACGUCUCCUGCGAUCCCUAAAGGGGGACGUUAGUGAUGAGGAUAUGGCAUUACUCGAGUAUGUAUCCGUGAGGGACAUGGCAAAGAUCUACAGCGAAAUGGCGACGGAUCGCCACGUCGAAGAGAUUUGGCUGGAACUCCGGAGUGCACUGCAGGCCCGUAAGGAGAAGAUGGCGCGUCGAGAGGCAGAGUUGGCGGAAAAGCAGCGCGCGCUUGAGGCGGAUCAGAGGGCUGAGGAAGAGCGGCUACGACAGCAGCUGGAGGAGGAAGAGCGCGAACGCAUCGCUUCUGAGGAAGCACGGCACCAACGACGCGAGGAUCGCCGGCGACUCCGAGCGGAGAAGGCCGCUGCUGCGGCAGCUGCGGAGGAAGAGGUAGCUGCGCAGGCGGCAGCCGCGGCGGAGGAAGCAGCGGAGGAGGCUGCCGCAGCUGCCGAGGAGGCAGAACGGCAGCGAAGGGCAGAAAAGAAGCGCAAGCGCCGCGAGGCUCGCGCACGUGAGCUGCAGGAGGAGAAGGACGCCCUCGCCGCUGAACGCGCCUCCCACGAGGCAAAAAAAAAGCAGAAGUCUUUGAACCAGCAGAAAGACUGGAGUGAGUUUGUGCAGAGUCAUCCUCUCGAGUACGCGCAGUCAGACUUGGUGGACGGUGCGCAGCAGCAGCUACCCACCGUGAUUGAGCAGAAGGAGCUGAGGCACACUCUCAACGCCCCUCCUGUUGUGUCAGAGAAGCUGCUCAGCCGUACCUACACCCCGGCAUGCGGGGCAUGUGGUAGCCGCUUUGAUCGCCCGCCACGUGAGUGGAACUGCCCAAUGUGUAAUCGGCGCUACGGGAAGACAGUGAAGGUCUGGCAGCCGGACAACGACACGGACAACUGCAUGAUGUGCAAAGAGCCCAUCGGGCGAUGGUCAAGGCAUCACUGCCGCAACUGCGGUCGACUCGUCUGCGCCAACUGCUCUGAAAAGAGAGCCAUCAUCGAAGACUUGGGCUACGACAUACCGGCGCGCGUCUGCUACGACUGCUACCGCUUGCGGCCGUAG